GACUAUCAGCCCGAUAUCUGCAAAGACUACAAGGAGACAGGUUUCUGUGGUUUCGGAGACAGCUGCAAGUUCCUCCACGACAGAUCGGACUACAAACAUGGCUGGCAGAUCGAAAGGGAACUGGACGAAGGGCGAUAUGGAGCAAACGAUGAGGAGAACUACGAGGUGAGCAGCGACGAGGAGGAUUUUCCCUUCAAGUGCUUCAUUUGCAGGGAAUCUUUUAAAAAUCCCAUCAUAACAAAGUGCAGGCAUUAUUUUUGUGAGAGCUGUGCCCUGCAGCAUUACCGCAAGUCGAAGCGCUGCUACGUGUGCAACACCCAAACCAACGGAGUCUUCAACCCUGCUAAAGAGCUGAURGCCAAGAUGGAGAAACGCAACGCAGCAGCGGACAUGCCGCCGUCAGACGAAGACGAUUAGUCGUCUUUUUAACCCUCUGUUUGUGUCCAUGUUGACUUUUUUUUUUUAUAUGACCAGGUUAACAGCUCUUUUGUACCAUCAUGUUGCUGUACAGAGUUGAUUGUAAAAAGAUWUAUAUUUGCAACACGUUGCUUUGCCCCCACUUUCAAAUAAACAUGCAGACAAAACGA